AUGUUUGAAGCACCACAUAACGAAUCUCUUCCUGAAUUAUUAAAUCACAUUACAGUUCAAAUCAGCCGUUCUCUGGCGGUUUUUAUUUUCCUGUUUGGUUUUGUCGGAAAUAUUCUCAAUAUUCUUGUUCUCUCCCAACGAUCUUAUCGUUCUAAUUCAAGUGCUUGGCUUUUUAUAUCUUUAUCCAUUGUUAAUCUUAUUUCUCUUAUAUCUGGCCUUGGUACAAUAAUGAUUGGUGGUUGGACGAAAAAUCCAACCGAUUAUAUUGGAGUGGUUUGUAAACUUCGUGCUUUUUUUGUAUUUUCAACAAGAACAAUCUCUACGUGGUUAAUAGUAUUAGCCACUAUAGAUCGAUGGCUUUUAUCAAGUAUCAGUGUUCGUCGUCGACAGAAAAGCUCAUUGAAGAAUGUUCAAAAGUGGACCGUAGUUAUUAUCGUUCUUUCAAUUCUUCUCUAUUCUCAACAAUUGUAUUGUUAUGAAGCCAAUCUUAUCGACACUCCUUUGAAAUGUUAUGGUAAAACAAUUGUAUGUCGUUAUUGCACUGAUUUAUCACUUGCUAUAGUUACAGUAUCAGCUCCGUUAAUUCUCAUGGUUUUAUUUGGUUCACUAAUUAUUUCAAAUGUACGUCAAUCUCAACGUCGUAUUCAAACAUUAGCAUUACGGAAUGUCGCAUCUACUACGAAUAAGUCGUUGCCAUCAAAUGCUGAAAGUGCAGAGAGAAAAUUCAAACAGAAAAUAGAACAUAGCCUUCUUCGAAUGCUGCUUUCGCAAGUUAUUCUUAUUGGUAUCUUCACCCUUCCAUUGUGUCUUGACAAAUUUUAUUCAUCAGUCUCUGGUGACAAUGGAUCUCACGUGGAAUUGGCCAUUAAUGCCUUCGUAUACGAUUUAGCCAUUUUGGUUUACGAUAUAUCGAAUGGAAUACCUUUCUAUAUUUAUACAUUAUGUGGUGGGAUUGUGUUUCGAAAAGCAUUGUAUGAUUUUAUUAUGUUGACGAAACGAAAAUUUCAAUGUCACUAA